AUGACGAGGGAGGAUUUCAUGGCCUGGGAGACACUCUUGGCGGACCAUCGGGCAACUCUGGACGCCAGGGAGCGAGAGAUCUCCCUCCGGGAAGAGAAACUCGAAGCCACCCUUCAUGCCAAGGAUGAAGGUCUAGAGAAGCUUACUAAUGAUUUGGUUGCCGCGUCUACCGCUAAAACGGAGCUUCACCGGCAGGUGGCUAAACUGAACGAGGAUCUUGUCAAGAGCACCAAGAAGGUGGAGGCACUCAAAGAAGAAGCCCAGCAGGCAGAGAUCCACUUGGCUGAUGUGCAGUCGCAGCUUUCCUCCAAGACCCAGAGCCUUGAGACCGCCACUGGCAGCAUCACGGACAUGAAGGCAAGGAUCGGCUCGCUGGAGCAGUCGGCGGAGUCCCUUGAAUCCCGGCAACAGUUGCUAUCCAAGGAUUUGGAAACCGCCAAGCGUCUCCGGCAAGAUGCAGAAGACAGAUUGAAGAACCAGGUCGAUAUGAGCAACCUCUGGAUCAAGAGCCUGAUCGACAUCGCCGAGCAUCUUGGUGUCCAAGCUACGGCGAUGGGUAUGGGCGGCCCAGCCUUCUCGGCCAGCAAGCAGGAGGUCCCAAGCGUCAAGCCGGGGCUCUUCUUCAGUGAGCUGAUCGAGAAGCUGAAAGCGCAUGAAGAGGGGAGGGCCGAGCGCUUUGCAACCGAGUCUCGGAAGCUUGCCCGCAACACCCUCUUCAUGGUUUUGAGCAAUAUUGCCUGCCGCCACCCAGAGCUCGAUCUUGACGACGGAUUCAAGAAGCCGCCAGUGGGUGCUGACGUCGCAGCCGCCGAGAAGAAAGCCGCUCCCUGCGCCGACAGGGUUCUUCGCGUUUAA